AUGGCAGGCCAAUCGAAGCUUUCCCCGUGGGGUAGCGCUGUUGCAGGUGCAACGGGUGCGGUGUUGGCGAAUUCUAUUGUAUACCCAUUGGACCUGGUCAAGACGAAAUUGCAAGUCCAGGUCAAGGCGAAAGAUGGCGAGGAGGACGACACCGAACGCUAUGAGUCGACUCUGGAUGCGAUCACUAAGAUUGCGGGGAAGGAGGGUAUCAGCGGCCUGUACUCUGGAAUCGCAGGAGCGCUUUUAGGUGUCGCGUCCACCAACUUUGCCUAUUUCUACUGGUACAGCGUGGUCCGGACCUUGUACAUGACCUACAAGAAGUCACCGCAGGCCCCGGGGACGGCCAUCGAGCUGAGCCUCGGUGCCGUCGCGGGCGCUGUGGCCCAGAUCUUCACUAUUCCGGUAGCUGUCAUCACCACUCGGCAGCAGACACAACCAAAGAGCGAGAAGAAGGGUCUGAUUGAUACCGGUCGGGAGGUGGUGGAGAGCGAGGACGGCUGGUCUGGUCUGUGGCGAGGUCUGAAGGCUAGUUUGAUCCUAGUCGUCAACCCUGCCAUCACAUAUGGCGCAUACCAGCGAUUGAAGGAGCUGAUCUUUCCUGGCAAGAAUAACUUGAAGCCCUGGGAGGCAUUCCUUCUUGGUGCCAUGUCCAAGGCUCUUGCCACCAUUGCUACUCAGCCUCUAAUUGUUGCCAAGGUUGGCCUGCAAUCCCGUCCGCCACCCUCUCGUAAGGGCAAGCCUUUCAAGACUUUCGGAGAGGUCAUGAAGUACAUUAUCGAUAAUGAGGGCAUGCUCUCCCUAUUCAAGGGCAUUGGGCCGCAGAUCACGAAGGGCCUUUUGGUGCAAGGUUUGCUGAUGAUGACUAAGGAGAGGAUGGAACUGGCCUUCAUUGUACUUUUUGCCUACCUCAAGAACAUUAAGAAGGACAAGUUGAAGAAGGCAGCAGGUACUGUCGCAGAGAAGGCUAAGACAAGCAUGGCCGCAACUCUGAAAUAA